UCAUUAUGUAUUUGAAGUUACGCUAUCACAUCGAUGUAAAUUAUCUGAGAAUCGAAAGCACAUCGUGGCCACUGUUUCAGCAGUGAACGUUCUUCUUAGUUAUCGGAAAAGUGGAGAUCUAGGACGAGAUAUUAUUGUGGAAAUUUUUGGGAUGAAGUUUGUUGUUCAGUGCAAAGCGUGGUAUUCAAAAGAUAUAGGUCGUGAUAAAAUUGAUGAGUUUAGAACGGUAGUGAGAGACGGGAAGUACGCAUUCGGAGUUUCUGUAGGAGCUUUAGAAGAAAAAUUUGCGAUAGGAGCUUAUAAAUCAGCUGAAAGGUCAGAAAGUGAUAUUAUUAUCACUGUGUAUAAUAGAAUGUGUCAAGAUAUAGAAAG